GAUUUAGUGAGAAAUGAUUCUGUCAGCAUUAAAGCUUCUGAGCUUAAAAGCAUCAGAGAUUCUUUAAAAUGGCUGCAGAAAAAAUGUUUCGGCAAAGUAUCUGCUAUGAGAAGAUUUCGUAAUUUCCUGCUGCAAACAACGAAUGGAUAUAAGUUCUUUCAGUUCUGGCUGGAUACUGAAAGACUGUAUGAAAAUAUAAAGAAAAGAUCGAGUUCUUGCAUGGAGUUGUUCAAUGAAAUCAAAGAGAAAUAUUUCACAAGGUCAGGAAAGCUGUCGGUACCUCAACAUUUACUUGAUGCAGCUUGGGAGAAUCUUCCAGAAAAACACACAAGUAAAGAUAGAAAGAAUUACAAUGUCACGUUCACUCUUUGCUUUCAAAAGCUUUGUAUACAUCGUUUAAAAACGUUUUGGGUGCCUCGUUACAUUAUGAGUGCAAAGAUAAAGACACAAUCUGAAGAAGAAAAGGCUUUCUAUGAUUUAGCUCUCUGCUAUUUGAGGGGAAAUAUUCCGGAAAGUUUUAUCAUUCCUGAAGAUUUUGCUCGUGUGGCUUUAGAUAUAGAUGAUGAACUGAAUUCAAGUGAUUCCGAUGGAAUUGCAACUCCUGGUAUCGAUGUCACGCGCCCUGGUGGAUACAAAGACACGAUACUUGAUGCUGCUGGGAAGGAAAUGAAAAAGAAGAAGUCUUGGAUGAAACCAAGAAAACCAAAAGUCUCAUUUGCAAUGCACGCACCCCCAGGAGAGUCCAGCAGUGAUGAGAGCUGCAGAAAAGAUAAAAGGCCGAUGAAACGUACGUUACAAAGAAGUAAGUAUAGAAAGUCAAAGAAAUCAGUAAGUGCGCCAAAAGGUCGAAAAUUGAGAACUGGUUCUGCUGAUGUGACGAGCUCUCAUCGUCAUCAUCGAGCUAUGUAUGAAGCUAACAACAGUGAUGAUGAAUAUGAAGAUGUGGUAGGAGGGUAGCUCUGAUAGUGGGAAUUCUGCAGAGGAAGAUGAAGAGUCAUCUCAUCGUGAGGGGUCGGAUGGUGGAAGCGAGAGCUCAGAAAGUUGGGAAGGUGUCCAUGACAAGUUCAGGAAGAGCA